AUGCUAUCAGCUCAUAAGGUGAAGGUAGAGGCAAUUGUUGCUAUCGUCAAGGAUUGUUUCGAUCGACAGGUGCCAUUUCGUAUAAAUCAUGGCUCGACCAGCAGCACACGGCCCAUGCAUCAAUCCCAAAUGGUGGACAUCACUUCACUGUCCGAUGUCAUUGAGGUCAACUCCAAGACUAGGACAGCAAUCGUUGAGCCUAACGUGCCAAUGGAUGUACUGAUUCGGUCGACUCUGAAAGAGAAGUUGAUACCACCAGUCGUUAUGGAGUUUCCUGGCAUCACUGUUGGCGGCGGGCAUGCAGGUUGUGCAGGUGAGAGCAGCUCCUUCAAAUGGGGGUACUUUGGCCAAACCAUUCAGGCAAUUGAAAUGGUCUUGGGGGAUGGAGAAAUUGUCACUGCAUCUCAUACCGAGCGUUCAGAUCUAUUCGCUGGUACAGCAGGCAGUCUUGGAACUCUUGGUAUCACAACUAGACUGGAUAUAUCCCUGAUAGAGGCGAAAGAAUUUGUCAAAACAACGUAUCAUCGAGUCAACAGUGUUCAAGCGGCAAUUGAUCUCAUUAAGCGAGAAAUCAACAACACCACUCGCGACUACAUCGACGGCAUCAUAUUCUCAAAGUCGCACGGCGUUGUGAUUACAGGCCAGUUGACGGAUGAAAUACCGGAAACUGUAUCGCCCAAAACCUUCAGUAAGCCAUGGGAUCAAUGGUAUUACCUGCAUGUGAAGGAAAAAACACGUCUGGAAACAGCGCCGGAACCACCACUAGUAGACUAUAUUCCCUUAACCGAAUACCUGUUCCGUUACGACAGGGGCGGCUUUUGGAUUGGUGCCGAGGCUUUCCACUACUUUUACUUCCCAUUCAAUCGAUUCACUCGCUGGCUUCUGAACGACUUCAUGCACACCAGAAUGCUCUACCGCGCGCUCCAUGGGAGCAACCUCCAUCGUAAAAACAUAAUCCAAGACCUGUCGCUCCCUUACUCAACAGCUGGAAACUUCAUAGACUUUGCCACAGAAGAGUUUGAUAUUUGGCCGCUUUGGCUCUGCCCGCUGCGAGGUCAAAAACCGCCCACAUUUCAUCCUUCCACACUGUCGACGGAUGGGGAGUUUGCUGAGCCGAUGUUAAACAUCGGCCUUUGGGGAAGGGGUAAAGAGAGUCCAACUCUCGCGAAGAAUAAGCUACUAGAGAAAACACUGGUAAGUAUGAGUGGCCGAAAGGUCUUGUACGCCGAAGUAUUCUGGGGGCAUGAUGAGUUUUGGAGUUUGUAUCCACGCUUGUGGUAUGAGCAAUUGAGGGGUCGAUAUCGGGCAACUUGUAUGCCUACAGUAUUCGACAAGGUACAUAGGCAAGAGGCAAAAUGCAAGCAAACAUCAUGGCGUGGUUUCUUCUCACAAAUAUGGCCCAUUCCAGGCAUUCUAGGUAUAGUGCAGGCUAUACGUAGUAAGGACUACCUCCUCCAUCGUCAACGGCGAUAA